AUGGCUGCGGAAAGCGACUUCAUCACCGCUUGCGAAACCGGCAACGUCGAAGCGGUUACCAGAAUUCUCGAAAACGAAGUCGUAUCAGACGACCAACUGCAGAAAGGCCUGUCCAAGGCUGCAUGGGGUAGUCACCCUGCUGUGGCCGACAUCUUGCUUUCCAAAGGCGCAAAGGUUGACCGGUCGAGCUUCGUGGGAAGUGCCACCCGCGGCGAUCCGACCAUGUUCGAACUCUUCAUCAAGUACGGCUUUGACAUCAACUCGACCGAGUUUGAAGAUGGUACAGCACUUCGAAUGUCUGUUGGCAAGGAGAACCUCAUGCGCUGGCUCCUCGCGCAUGGUGCGGACCCCAACGUUGCUCAUGAUCAGGCCCCCUCGCCCCUCGUCUCAGCUGUGGUCGCCAAGGAAGGUGGUGAUGCCAUGCGUCUCCUUUUGGAGCACGGCGCAGCGUUAGAGCCCAACAUCCUUCAUUAUGUCAUCGGGUCCAGAGAACGGAACAAGAUGUCAGAUAUCAGAGAAAGGGUGCAACAACUGGUCCGGGCCGGGGCCGACAUCAACCACAUUGAUCCCAAAAGGAAGGGAACACCGCUGCACUGUGCCGCAUGGCACUACAGAGGCGACAUUGUGGAAGCGCUUAUUGAGUUAGGAGCUGAUCCCAACGUCGUCUUCAACGGCCGUACGGCAGCGGAUGUGGCCAAGGACAAGAGUCAGGAGCACAAGGCUUACCUGACGAUUUACGACUUUCUGAAGGGCAAGACCAAGGUUACUCCGGGGGAAUCCACACUUCUCCCGCUCCUACAAGCUCACGAGAUGAAGACAUCCCUGGUUCCUCUUACGGCGCGGGGCAGCUUAGUGCUGCUUGUGACCCUCAUCGUCCUCAGCGCCUCUACGCUCCUGUCUUUAUCAGGUAGAGCCAACUUCGCCGGAGAUCAGACUCAUUUGUCACUCAAACGGUCUCCCAAGUUCCUCAGUCUGCCACCUCUUCCCUUCAAAAAGCGAGAUGGAUGCGGGAACACAAGCCAAGGCCAAAAAGCCUGCGGCGCUUGCAGACCCCCUGUGGUGUUCACCAUUGCCGACUCUUUCUCUGCGCGGGCGUAUCACGUCCAGGUCGGACAUGAAGCCAUCAAUGUCUCCUCCGCUGUUCUAGCAGAGCGAGCAAUAACCGAACCGACCCCCGGCCAGGAGGAUCAGUUCACGUUCCACGAAAUCCCCAAAGCAACCCAAAUGGUAUGGGAAGUCCCAGAAGGCACCGACGUAAACACGGCCCUGUUCACCCCUUUUGACGGAAAUGAAGCCGUCAGCGUCGGCACCAGCCAUCUCUGCGGGUGCACCUCUCUGGUGAUCAUCAGCCAACGCGGCGUCUACACGACGCAUUACUGGGAGAACAUCUCGUUCGACCCGGAUGAUGAUUUUCGCCUGACAGUCAAGGGGGUCAAGGAAACCAACGAGCAAGUGUUUGUGCGGACCGUGCUUACGCCGCUCCAAAACGGCGCAAGUCGCCGCACCGUCGUCUCCCAGGAGAAGCUGGAUCCACGCAAGAUUGGGAACGACGAGGGCGAUAACAUCAGAGCCUUCUUGGUGAGGCCUGAUGGGCCAGCUAAUGAUCAGUAUGUGGAGGACUAUCAGCAGAAGUGGUCGCGGAUCAAGAGUACGGUGGGAGGAAUUGUCAGCCUGUUGGACCCUAAUACGGAAGCAGGAAGGGCGAGGUGGCAGGAGGUGAUUUAUGAGCCCACGGAUAACCAGCGCGUCCUCGAUAAUCAAGCGAACGGACGCAUUCUCAUCAAGUAUGACCCGGACCAUGAAGGGAAGAAGAAGGUUAUCCUGUGGGUGGAGAGGAGAAAGAUCUAUGAGCAUGAAUGGAACUAG